GCCAUUAUAAAUAAGGCCAUCAGCAUGUAGCAGAAAUAUUACCAUUCAAAACAAAAGCAUUGAUUGGAUUUAUUUGAAAGGAGCUUAAGAUCUGAGAGAAUAGAAAAGCAUUCAAAAAGUUCAUAACUGUUUAAAAACAAUAAAAAUGAAGUCGACCGUCGUGAUUCUCCUCAUGUAUCUUCUCCUUGCCGUGCCUUGCUUCGGUAUAGGAUCGGAGAACACGGAUUCAGAGGUGUAUGAGAUCGAUUACAGAGGACCAGAGACUCAUAAUUCUAGACCUCCGCCGGAGACUUUGCACGGCAAGUCACCGUACAUUCACCAUAAAACCUCCGCCGCUAGUUCCGCCGGCGCUCAUGUUGGAGGACAGAGUAAUUAUGCUCUCCACUUUAAUUGA